GGCCCAAUUAAAGCUCUUGAGUUAGUCUCUUCUUUUCUUUUAUUUUCGUCCUCCGCAUUGUCGCAAGCUUCGUCGGCAAUGGCAGAAUCGACGAGAAAUCUGACUGGCCUUGGAGGAGAAGCAGCGAAAGAAGCAGAAGACAAUGAUGAAUACAUGGGAGACUUAUCUCAGUUUAUUCCACCUGAACUUACCCAUGCUUCCAAAAGAAAGGAAUCUGAUAAGAAACCUGUAAUCGUUGAACCAUCUCGGAAGAAGUUAAAGAAUCUCAGCUGGCACGAGAGGCGAAGGUUAGAGAAAGAGAAGAAACAAAUAGAAGAGGAUGAACAGACAUUGGCUCGUAUUGUAGACACUCCAAUUGGUGAGUCUAACAAAGGGUUUCAGCUAUUGAAGCAAAUGGGUUACAAGCCAGGUUCUGCUCUUGGUAAAGAAGGCUCAGGUAGGUCUGAGCCAGUGACCAUAGAUAUUAGAAGAUCCAGGGCUGGUGUAGGAAGAGAGGAUCCACACAAGGAGAAGAAGAAGAAUGAGGAGAUCGAGGCGGAGAAUGAGAAGAGAAAGGUUGAUGAGAUGUUGGAGGAUUUCGGGUCUAGACAGAAGUCUCAAUGGCGUAACAAAAGAGUUGUGAUUAACUUUAGGAAGGCUAGGGCCGCUCUUGAUCAACUUGAGAAUGUACAAGUUGUUCCCGAGAAGAAGACUGAGGAAGAUGAGGAUGGUAAGCCUGAUGAAGAAGAGGAAGAAGAGGAGGAGAUCACUGAAGAGGAUUUGCAAGAAAUAUUAAUGAAAUUGAGAGACGAACAUCGGUAUUGUACGUUUUGCGGGUUCCAGUAUGAAACGACUGAAGCUCUUCUAUCCAAUUGUCCUGGCGUGAAUGAGGAUGAUCACUAGAUAAGUCAGAGUGUAGUAUGGAAGCAUGCCAACACUUGUCAAGUCUGCAGAAGCUCAAGUGAGGUUGAUAAUUCUCUGAUGUGGCUGAAGAGGCAAGAUACAGAAGACAGACUGUUUGCAGUUGCAUAAGCAAGUAGGUGAAGAGGUACACACUCAAAGAACUUUGCAAGGACUUGCUAAUUCCCAGUUUACCAUGCUUUGAUAGAUAGUAGGAUGAUAAAAGCAUGUGGAACUCUGAUUUGUGAUUUGAUAGAACAAUUUUUUUGUUGAUAAUGAUAUUGAUGUUUCAAUCUGAUCUCCAAAUUAAGUAAACCUGUGUAUCUGUUGGAUGUAAAAUUGUAAACAUAACAAAAAUCAUACAAACAAA